AUGUCGACGGCUGUGGAAGCGACCGGGUUCAUCAUGUGCUUAAUCAGCUGGCUGAUCAACGGAGCGGCACUGUCCAACGACUACUGGAAGGUUUCCACCGUGUCCGGGAGCGUGAUCAUCUCCCAGAGGCAGUUUGAAAACUUGUGGCACUCCUGCGCUGAGGACAGCGCCGGCAUCGCCGAGUGUCGGGACUUUGAGUCACUGCUCGCCCUCCCUGCCUACGUGCAGGCGUGUCGCGCUCUGAUGAUCGUCUCUCUGCUGCUCGGCCUCGGCUCCAUGAUCGUCUCUCUGCUCGGACUCAAAUGCAUUAAGAUUGGCUCAACCACUGACCAGGCCAAGGCCAAGAUCGCCUUCACUGGAGGAAUCCUGAGCAUCCUUGCUGGUCUGUGCUGCAUGAUAGCGUGUUCCUGGUACGCCUUCAGGGUCGUUGAGGACUUCAACAACCCGUUCUACGGCGGUGUGAAGUUUGAGCUGGGUACUGGCCUCUUCCUGGGAUGGGGUGGAGCCUCUCUGGCCAUACUGGGUGGAUGUUUUCUCUGCACCGCUUGUAAAAGAGCAUCACCUGGUGGCAAGAAAGGAGGUUUCUAUGGAAACCCACCACAGAAGGUCUACACGGCUACAGCAAAGUCAGAUCCAGAUUCAGCCAGAGCUUAUGUCUAAAAACACACACACACAUACACACACACACACAUACACACAGUACCGUGACAAAGUUUUAUCCUUCAAAGUAAAGUUUUUUUGGGGAGACCAGCUACUCGUCCUCAGAGGAGGACAGAUGAUUAAAGCCACACACACACACUCAGUGUCUCAGGAAAUGUGAGGAUUUUCUGUCUUUCUUCUUUUUUUUUUUGCAGAGUUUUUGAGGUGAAAUCAUGAAUGUAAUUGUUUGGAAAAGAUAAAGCUUUGGAGAUGAUUGUUAGUGAUGGUGUAAUCCUGUUUGUUAUGGAGCUCAUUAUUUUCUCAAUAAAGUUUGUAUUACAUGUUUGUUCAUAUGCUUUGUUACACACAUUUCAUACACUCUAUGUUCUAAUGUUUAGGACAAUUCCCUCAAUAUUUACAGUAUCUU